AUGGCCGAUUCCACCGCGCACCCGCCGCCGGCGGUGGAUCAGCGAGUCCAGCGGCUGGCUACCCGCGCCUCCAUCGCAGUCGCCGCUGCGGCUACGCUCUUCCUCCUGUACCUCGUCCGGCACGCCUCCACCCCCUGCUUCCCCGCGUCCCACACCAUCCCCCUCUCUCCCUUCCCCCGCAACUCCUGCGACGCCGCCUCCCGCCGCGUCCUCCCCCCGGACCGCCGGCUCGCAAAGCUCCGCUCAUCCUCUCGCUGGCGCCGCCGCUCCACUGCGCUAGCGUCCUCCGUAUUCCCCCCGCUACACGGCCUCCGCCUCCUGGCCAACUCCUCCCGCGUCCUCUGCCUCACUGCCGGCGCCGGCAACGCCGUCGACGCGCUCCACGCAGCGGGGGUAAGCGAAGUGACCGGGAUCGACCUCGUGGACUUCCCGCCGCUCGUCCGUCGCGCAGACCCCCACCGCCUCCCCUUCUCUGACGGCGCCUUCGAUCUCAUCUUCUCCGACGACCCGGCGGGGAUCUCCGGCGCGCUCUUCCCGGCUCGCGUCGCCGCGGAGGCCGAGCGCGCUGUCCGCGACGGAGGCGCCAUCGCCCUCGCCGUCGACUGGCAGCAGGACCCCGCCGCCGUCGCCGCGCUCUUCAAGAGGUCGCGCGUCGUGGAUACCAGGGCUGUCACCUUGGAUGGCUCCCAGGUCAGGUUGCUAAUUUUUCAGAGUAAUGGCACCACCCUGAACCCGCGAUGA